AUGGACUCAGACGAAUUUAAAAAAUUAAUUAUCAUAAAAUCCGCACUGACUGAAUGGUAUACUGUGAACAAGAAAACGUUCAUCGACUUCCAAAGAGACUCAUUGACACCUCUGCAGGUCGCUGGGAUGAUCGAUGGAGUCGAUAUGUGUCGACAUUUCAUUGAAAAAGGCGCCGAUUUCAAUGUUAAAUGUAAAGAACUCGACGCCACGCUGAUGCACUGCGCUGCCCUGAACGAACAGCACGGAUUGGAACUGAUCGAUUACUUUUCAUCUCUGGGUUUGAAGCUGGACGCAAAAGACAAGUUUGGAGAUGAACCACUUCAAUACGCAAUCAAAAUGAAUAAUUCGAAGGUUGUUCAGAAACUGCACUCAUUAAACUGCCCCGAGGAAGAGAGUAACAAGAACAAACCUGAAUCUCGAUACCACUCAAGUUUAGCCAAAAUGGUGAUGGAACAGGAUAAAGGGCUGCUGAAUGAUUUCGGUGUGACGGGAAGAUCAGCAAUUCACCUUGCAGCUAUGCUCGGCGAUCUUGACAUAUGCAAGUGGCUUUUGAACGAAGGCGCCGACGUUCGAUCUUUGACAAAGAAUGAAUACGAGGACAGCGUGCUUCACUGUGCCGCAUUGAACAAAUCGCACGGCAAAGAACUUGUGCAGUAUUUCGUUUCCGAGCAUUGCUUUGACGUGAACGCGAAAGACAAACUUGGGUUCACGCCUCUCCAUUUUGCAUUGUUCAAGGAAAACAUCGAGACUGUCGAAGAAUUGUUGCAACGCGGCGCAGACAUAGCAGUAAAAAGGGCCGCCAAUGACUCCAACGAUUUGGAAAAUUUGAUGCACUGCUGUGUAAGGUGGAACAAAUUGAAAAGUGCUAAAUUUUUGCAAGAAAAGAAACGAAAUCUGGUAAAAGACCUCCGCACCCUCUGCGGGUAUGGAUAUACAUCUCUUCACAUCGCAACAAUGAAUGCAGACUUGGACAUGUGCAAAUGGUUGGUGGACGAAUGCGGAAUGGACCCUCAUGCUUUGGCUAGAAAACAAAAAUUGUCUAUUUUGGAAUACGCCGCAUGCAACAUGACACAUGGAAAGGAAUUAAUUACAUAUUUCGUCAAGAAGCAUGCACUCGAUGUGAACAGGAAAGACGAAUUUGGAUACACACCACUGCACCAGGCGUUUUAUGUUAACAAUAUUGUUGCUGCCGAAGAAUUGCUCAACCUGCUCGAGCUUAAUUGA